AUGUGGCAGAAAAUCCGGAUUGGAAUCAGCAUCUUAUGUUCUCAAAAAUGGGUAUCUUCCAUUACUGAUCAAUCUGGAAUGCAAGAAAUGGGUGUAAAUCCUGGUGAUUUUGAUGAUGACGAAGGAGGUGGCCUGAGAUCUUGGGAGCCAAGUGAUAAAGCUGAUCUUCACUUUGUCUACAAAGAUGUUGAAGGAGCAUCAACUCAAUUGAAUGUUAUUCAAAGAAAACUUGGGAACUUACCUCCUAAACCUUCUGCCUUCAAACCCGAUCCCUUCACUCCUGCAGAUGAUGAAGAUUCCAAACCUAAAACCGAAUCUCGGAUCGUUAACAAGACAUAA